GCGACAGAUAACAAAAUUACAGAAAGAGGAAGAGAUGUUCAGCUUGCAUUUACAUUUUGUUCUAAAAGUUGAGCGUGUUCUCAUCGUCUGUCAUCUGAGCGCUGAGAUCAGACUCAUCAGAGCUCGAAUGGCUCGUCUUCUUCCUCUGAUCGUUCUGCUCAUGAUUCCUGGAGUUUGUUGUCAGAGUGUUUGGGGUGUGAUUUACAGCUCUUUACACAUCUGUGCACUGAAGGGAUCAACAGUGACAAUAAACUGCACUUAUACAUACCCUACUCACCAUAUGAUCACAGAAGUGUUCUGGAUCAACACUAACAGUUCUGAUCCUCCAAAUCUGUUUAAUGACUCUAAAUACAGUGAGAGGAUUCAGUAUCUGGGAGAUAAACAGCACGACUGCAGCGUCAGACUGACUGAUGUGAGACACGCAGAUUCACACAAGUACUAUUUCAGAUUCAUCACUGAUAAAGAUAAAUGGACUGGUGCACCUGGAGUGACUCUUAAUGUCACAGAUAAACCUGUGAUCUCCAUCAGUUCUUCUGGUGUAAUAGUGGAGGGUGAUUCAGUGAAUCUGACCUGCAGCAGUGAAUCAAAUCCACCUGUUCACAACUACAGCUGGUUUAAAGAGAAUCAAACAUCAUCUGUUGGAUCUGGAAACAUCUACAUCAUCUCAAACAUCACAUCUGAUCACAGUGGACAAUACAAGUGCAAGACCAGACAAACAUGUGGAGAGAGAGAAUCUGAUCCUCUGACUUUAAAUGUUUUGUAUCCUCCAAGGAACGUCUCAGCAUCCAUCAGUUCUGCUGGUGUAAUAGUGGAGGGUGAUUCAGUGAAUCUGACCUGCAGCAGUGAAUCAAAUCCACCUGCGAAUAUCAGCUGGUUUAAAGGAGAAACAUCUGUAGGAUCUGGAAACAUCUACAUCAUCUCAAACAUCAGAUCUGAUCACAGUGGACAAUACAAGUGCAAAUCUGAAAAUGAACUUGGAGAGAAAUAUUCUGAUUCUGUGACUUUAAAUGUCUUGUGUAAGUUUAUUAUAAAACAGUGAAGAACAUUGCAGCGUGAGUUCUUUACAUCUUUUCUCAGUGUGGAGAGUAAAUCUUGAUAUUUUCUCAUUCAGUGCAUCAUAAUGUUUACUGGCAUCUACCGGUUGGAAUCACAGUGGCAUGUGGAGGAUUGUUCAUCAUCAUCAUCAUUAUAAUAGUUAUCAUGUAUGUCAAAGUCUUUUACUGAGGAACAUGAUACUAUUUAAACAGUAUUUGUAUGCAUGAAAAUAUAUGAUGUAUAUUUCCCUUUAUGAAACA